AUGGAAGCCGACGCAGCGCACAAUCGCUAUCGCUCCCGCAUUCUUCGAGAAAUGAACGCAAACCGCGACAACCCAUUCAACUCCCCGCCUUCCUCGACCGGCUCCCACGGUACCGUCAGCCCAACAAUGACCUCCGUCUUCUCUGAGCCAGACGGCGAAUCUACGCGCAGGCUCAACGAAGACAUUGCUCGCAUCGUUGGCCCCGCCGGCGGCAAGAUCCAAGUAGACCUGGAGGCUGCCCACCGCAAGUGGCCCGAAUUUUACGGCAAGCCCAAGGCCGCCACCGCCGACAUGAAGCAGAACCACCCCGCCCCUAGGCCUUCAGGCUCCUUGCGUCACAAGGACGCCGUCUCUCGCAAGGCCAUUGUCCAGAAGUAUCUUUCCAACAUGGUCGACGACUCGACCGAGAUGACCUGGCAGGGUUCUAAGCGGACGCGUGCCGAAAUGCAACCCCGAGUAGAGGACAACGAGUCCGACAUGUCCGCCAACAUGUCCAAGUCGCCCUUCCGAUUCGACAUCAAUGCCGACAGCUUCAAGUUCAACCCUCAACAGCAGAUGAACCGAAGUCCUCUGGCUAGAGGACACGCUCGGACAACCUCGGGCAACUACAAGUCAGCAAGGCGUUCUUCGCAGGCCGCAAAGGCCGACCGACGGAAAUCAGACUUCCUGGCACCCCCAACCCACGCGACUCCCAAGCCAGCGCCCGUCGAGAACCCACCGACGAACAACCCUACUCCAGUCACCUUCAACACCAUCCGGAGCACCUUCCCGUCCCCAGUGACAACCGAUAGCCCAGCUCAGAAUGGUGCCACUUCUCGCUCCUUCUUCAUGCCCGACAUUUCUCACCUUAACGACUUCAUCUCUGGCAAUUUGCGCUUCAACGGCGCGGUGAAGAACGGUGUUCCCGUCUUUGUCAAAAACGGUCAAGUGCGAGACCGCAUCGAUACCCAGCCCCCCAACGAUCAUGCCGAGGUCGACGGCCUGGCCAUCCCCGAUGACGAGGAGAGGAUAUUUGUGUCCAUGGAUAUGAUCAGGGAUGAGAUACUCAACCUCCAGGAGCACGACGACUUGGUGCAGCAGCACGCAGUCGAACUUGAGCAUCAAGUGGACCACCUGCAAAAGGAACUCAAGCGACUCAAGGGCCGCAAGUCUAUCGACAGUGCUAUUGGCUCCCGAACAGCCUCGGAUCCCGAAUCGGCCAGCGAGGAGCGGUUCCAGACAGAGAAGCUGAAACUGGAGUCGCACGUCGCAUCGCUGCAGUCACGUUUGGAUCAUGUCACCACCCGUCUUGGCGCCAACGAAAUUGAGAACGACACAAUUUCCCUCGAGCGAGACCGAGCUCUGAAAAAGCUGCAAGAUGCGUGUGUAGAGAUUGGCGAUCUCAUGGAUAAACUCGAUGUCCAAGGAAGGGAACUCCACGAGACCCAAGAGAAGCUGAACGCUACCCUGGAGAUGACCAACCAGCGAGACGUGUUCCAUCACGAAAAGAAAAGCAACUCUAUUCGAAACGUCGACAACAAGUCCGUCCAGGCAGACAAUGAGGCCCUCCGCCAGGAACAAGAAACCUUGCAGCAAGAACUCGAGUCUCUGCGAACCGACAACAACUCGUUGCGCCGCGAACAAGAGUCUCUCAUCAGCGAAAAUAGGUCUCUACGCGCGAAUGCACGGUCGCUCAUGUCCGAGAACGAAGAGCUCCGACAAAAUACCGUCAACGCCAAGGAAGACCUUGAGGCUGCCCGCGACGAAGUCGAGGCGUUGCAGGUUGAACUGCAUACGAUGGAGCAGGAGAAGUCUACUCUCAAGGAGGAUAACGAUAGCCUCGUUCGGCACAACGAAAAGUACUUCAACGAGAACAAGAUCCUUCGUCGUGAAAACUCGGGGUUCGAGCGGAGCAUCCACGAUCUCCAUGACGAGAACAUGCACCUGAAGGAGGAGAUUGAGUUCCUCAAGCAACAACUCGACCAUUGCCGCCCUCUCGGAAAGACGGAAGACUUCUCGAUGCGCCUCGACAAGGAGAUGGACGAUGGCGAUGAGACGGAAGAGAACAUGACGUCGGCAUUCUUCGUUCCGGAUAUCACUAUUGACAGCACUCAGAACUCAGGGGUUGUUGACGCUCCCGUCGAAGGAAAGAAGGUCCGGAAGCCCGCAACGCCGGGCAAGAAACCGAUCGAGAUCCAAGACACAACGGAGCAAACGGAUCGCAGUGCCAAUGAGUUUGACAACACUUUCCAGACCCAGCAGAGCUCCGUAGCAGUCGAGCCUCCUUCCAAGAGACGAGCCUCGACUUCUCGUCCCCAAGACUCCAACAGCCAGCAAAAGGUGUCAUUCUCCCUACCCGAGCGGUCGGCAGCGUCGUCCAAGUCGAAGAGCACCAAGGCCUCUAAUACCGCCAAUAAGGGUAGCAAGAGGAGCGUCUCCUCGCAUACGUCAUCCAAGAACUCUCACAAGAGCAAUGCCGCUCCCGAUCUCGACCCCUUCCAGGUCGAAAACGACGGCACCAUACAGUCGCAAGAGAACACACAGACGCACUCCAUGGUGAUCGACAUGAAGAUGAAGAGCAAGAAGGAGUCUCGUACUGUCCGGCAAGAGACGACCAAUACCACUCGCAACCUAACCAGCCAAAGCCAGAGGACGCCGUCCAAGUCUGCCGUCAAGCCUUCCCAGGAUAAGUCGGUCACGAUUGACUUGAUUACUCAAGGCGGACUGGAGAACACGACGGCGGAAAUGAAGGGCAACUGUCCUGCUCUAUCCCCGGACGCGCGACGUGUGCUUGACAACUUGGCUGGACACAGCUGUAAGAAUUGCAUUGUGUGCACUCGGAUCAAGGCCCACCGAGGAACGGUCACCGCCGCCGAGCUCGCCGAGGGCAAGAAGCGGGUGACGAUCUCCAAACCUGUUGCCCCUUCAGACCAGUAUGAGCAGUUGGGCAUCUCAUCCGAGGACGCCACCAUGCGGCCAUCUCAGCCUCCAGGCAACGCCCUGGCUAAGGUCAUCAAGGGGCUUGAGGAUGAGUUGGAACACAUGAGGAUGGAGCAUGCGAAGAUGCAGGCCCGGUACGACAGACACAACCCCGCGCUUGCAGAGUCGAAGCGCAAGCAGCUCAAGGUUAACAUUGACGCCAACAUGAAUGCGCGGGAGGUCAAGAGUGCCCAGAUAUACGCACUCUACGAUGUAUUGGAGGGCCAGAAGCAGGUCGGACAGGAGAUGUCGGGAAAAGAGCUCGACAUGACCGUGUUCAGCAUUACAGGAUUGAGUGUCAGGGACAUCACAGAUCAGAUUACCUGGGAAGGCAUCCAGAGUUAG